GUAAACGUGGGUUCACCGAGAAGAUGAUGCUGGGGCACAUGGCCCCAAUGCGGAGCAGUCGCCGAUUGGUCAGAUGGCUAGAGGCCCCAUCGCGGAGUGAAGGUGCGGACCGCCCACUUAACUAAUAAAUGAUGCCAAGGGACGCAUCCUCCACAGAAAACACGGAGUAACGGGGGCAGUGCUUAUGCACUGUAACCUGAUCGGACAACUAAAGAGACGCCGCAGGCAAACAAUUUUGCGGGUUCUGCCAAGUCACUGCAAAAGAGAAGAACGGGACAGCGGAGGAAGAACAGAAGCCUCUCAAAACUGCAAGUAACGACUUUCCGUAGCGUGUAGAGGACUAACCCAUCAUCGCGGGAACAUUGGUGGGGCAGUCGAGUGGAAGAUGGAUCGGCGGACAGCGGCUGUUACUUACCUGGUGUUUCCUCUCCUUGUGGCCACCCUGACGGGAGCCGAGAUGAUCUACCAUCGCAGGGAUCACUCAGACAUCAGCACUAACCACAUCGCCGAGCCGGUGAAAUCAGCGGAUUCUGCAGAGCACUACUUGUCCAAGUACGGAUGGAUAGAGGAGGUGAACUGGGAAGAAGUCCCUUACCACGACGUGCCAGCGCCCAUGAACGACGACCCGGCGCCGAGAGACACCGUGGAGCUGAUAGAAGAGGCGGACUCCCCACUCCGCUCCGAGGGCGGCGACGCGGCACCCCGCGGCGAACCCACGCAGAGCCCCGCUUUCGUCCUCGCCCUCGGGCACUUCCAGGAGGCAAACGGCCUCCCCGUCACGGGCGUCCUGGACGAGGCCACCAAGGAGGCCAUGAACAGGCCACGCUGCGGCGUUCCUGACCAGCAAGAGGAUCUCGACUCCGCCGCCGCCGCCGCCGCCAACGACGCCGCCAACGGGACGGCACGGAACGACUCGGUGGCGGCGGAGAAGCCCUCGGCAUCCUCUCCGAGCGCCGGAGAGGAGGUCGAGGGCAGGAAGAGGAGGUCCUUGCAGAGGUUAGUGGACAGGGCCCGCUCCAAGAGGGCCAGGGACGAGGGGGGCACGGGGCGAGCGGUGCAGGUGUUCUCCAAGCGGCAGCUCAAGUGGAGGCUCAUCGGGGAGGGGUACAGCCAGCAGCUGAGCGUGGAUGAUCAGAGGGCCAUCUUGCGCCUGGCCUUCCGCAUGUGGAGCGAGGUAACCCCGCUGGAAUUCAUCGAGGACCUCACCACCCCCACGGCCGAGCUCGACGUCAAGUUAGGCUUUGGCAGAGGGCGUCACCUGGGCUGCUCCCAGGUGUUUGACGGCAGCGGGCAGGAGUUCGCCCACGCGUGGCACCUCGGAGACGUCCACUUUGACGACGACGAGCAUUUCACCAAGCCACGGAGCGAAGAAGGCAUCAGCCUGCUGAAGGUCGCCGUUCAUGAAAUUGGACACGUGCUCGGCUUACCGCACAUUUACCGGAGCGGAUCUGUCAUGCAGCCAAAUUAUAUCCCGAAGGAUUCCGGAUUCGAACUGGAUUGGAACGACAGGAAAGCCAUCCAGCGUCUCUAUGGUGUUUGCGAAGGUUCAUUCAACGCCGUGUUUGACUGGAUACGCGAAGAGAGAAACAGGGACGGGCAAUUAAUUCGUCGUCGUUUCAACACCUAUUUCUUCAGACGCCAGUGGUACUGGAUGUACGAGAACGCCAAGAACAAGACGCGUUCGGGAGACCCAGCGCCCAUUGCUCGCGGCUGGAAGUCCAUCCCAGAUAGCGUUGACGCGUACGUGCACGUGUCCGGCCUUAGCAAGGACGAGGCGUAUUUCUUUAAAGGAACGCAGUACUGGAGGUACGACAAUCAGAACGACUGUGUGUACACAGAAGAUCCGCGGGGUCUGCCUUACCCGAGACCAAUUUCAGAGAAAUUCCCAAACGUCCCGCACCCUAUCGACACGGCUUUCUUCGACGGCAGAGAUCAGAACAUCUACUUCUUUAAGGCGAAUAAUGUCACGGCGUUCAGCGUGAACACCCAGCAGAAGGUGAGCGGCUACCCCAAGCGAGUGACGGACGUCUUCCCGGCCGUGGUCGCGGGCGACCACCCCGGGGGCAACCUGGACGCGGUGUACUACUCGUACUCGCACAUGGCCAUCUUCUUCUUCAAGGGGGACUACUUCUGGAAGGUGGUGGACGACCGCGACCGCCAGGCCAACCCGGCGCUGCCGUACAACGGGCUGUUGGCGCGCCGGCGCGUGUCCGACCAGUGGUUCGACAUCUGCGACGUCCACCAGACGGUGCUGCUGAGCAACCGCAACUGAGGGGCAGUGGCAGGGAGGAUCGGGUAACCGUACUAGAUGGCCCAGUUUGGCUGAGAGCAUGGGAAUAUCUGUGGUUUAUUUUAAGUGUUGAUGAUGUUGUUGUUGUUAUCAGCCUGGAACAACUUUCCUACUGCUUGACAAAGGCCUCCCCCCAUCUUCAUCCGUUCCUUCCUUCCUUCCUCCAGUUGCUCCUCUCCAGUCGUGGCCUCAGAACUCUGUGAUUGUUAUCUCACUCAACGCUGUCUCACACUACUUCUCCUUCCAUCGCUUGGCCUCCACUCUGGAAUAAAUUUCGUCUCUCAUCUCUUGUCAGCUGCUCUCACGUAUAGGUGUUGCCCAUUUCCACGUGAUUUAUUUCGUUUUAGCAACAUAAUCGGUGACCCCCCCCCACCCCUGUUCUGUUAUUUAUUCAUUCCUUAACCUCUCCUCUUCGACCAACUCCUAAAAUACUGUUUUCCAUAGAAUCAGAAUCUUUACUUAUCUUGGAGAAAUCCGAUGAGCUAUGAAGCUCUUCUUCACAGAUGUCCAGUAGGGGCCGGUCAGAAAUUUACAACAACAAACAAUACACCAAACUAUCGGAGUGCAAAGCAUAGAUCUUUAGCGAACUUACAGCUUUUUUUACUUGUUUAUGAGCUAACGACCCUGUCUGCAAUUUUGGAAACUAAAACUGGAAAUGUACACGUUGGUUUGGAGUGAGUUCUUUACGUGGAAGGAAAAUAGAAACAUUGUGGGUUUUAUUUUUAUGGUCCAAUUCAUGUAAGCCACACAGACCACUCGGGUUUGGCUAAUUAAGGCCACUGAAAGUGCAGUUUGUCGGUCUGUACAAAAGCCAGAUAAUUCCGAUGCCAAACAUCUCGCACCACGCCACCUCGUGACUGGACUGCGCAGAAUGCCCAUACCUCGCUAGAUGCAACACACAAAUGCCCAUGCAGGAGUUACAAACUCAUUUAAAUAAUUCGUAUUGAGAGAUUAUCUUGAAUUUAUACAUUUAAUAAUGCAAUAGUCUUAAAAUAUAUAUCAGCUCCCUGAGUACAUCUCCAUAGCUCCCUCUCGUGGAAAUCUUUCCACCAGCCGUGACAUGAGCAAACAAUUGUAGGACUGCACAUUGACCUUCAAACACUGGCACCAGUGCAUCUUACUUGAGCCCAGGUAAGAUGACCUUUUCUGCUCUAUAUAGCCAGCAAAUAAUGCACUGCCCACACUCCACUCUCCUUCUGCCACGUAUGUCCACCUAUUAUCAAUCGAGCAGGCAACCAACCUACUCAGAGACUGGCGUGGCCUGAACUCUGCUGUACAAUUCCACCCGUCCCAGUCUCACACCACCAACACCACGUGGCAAUCUCAUCUGUCCUCGUUGUGCACCGUUGCCGCCUGGUGGAGGCGUAACUGCACGUCACCGUCUCGAGUAUACAAACUCAUGGUGCGUUGUUGUGGUGCUUUGUUGGUAAAAGCGUUUUCGAGUAAGAGCAGAACUCCAUCAUGCGUCUCCACAUAUUAUUUUUUUAGUCCGUUGGCCUAUUUAUUGGCUUUCCCAACGAAUAUAGCCCAUGGGCCAGAGCAGAAAUUGGUACGAAUAAUGAGACAGAACCUUAAUGGUUCCAAUUAAUUCACUUGGGUGAAUUGAUAAGCUUUGCAUUUCAAAUGAUUAUCAUACAAUUCCCUGUUAUUGGCCCGAUGAUGCUGGAUGUAAUUACAAGCGAAACGUCGUACUCAAAAAUGGUAAAUGUUGUGGAUUCACUCUUCA